UUUGAAUCGACUUGGGUAAGGAAAUCUCGAGGAUGAAGAGUGAGAGAGAAGGUAAGAACGGUGGUGUUGAGGAAGAGAGAGCGGUGAAGCGGAAGAGGGUAAUAGAGCUAUCUAAUGAUCACGAGCAGAAGAAGGAUAUCGGAGUUGCGAGAGUGGAGAAGAAGACGGAGCUCGACGAUGAUGGUGAUGAUGUCUCCAGGAAACAUUCACGCCAUGUUGAAGUUCGUGGUGAUUGCCCUUAUCUUGAUACUGUUAAUCGUCAGGUCUUGGAUUUUGAUUUCGAGAGGUUUUGCUCAGUCUCCUUGUCGAAUUUGAAUGUGUAUGCAUGUCUCGUAUGCGGGGAGUACUUCCAAGGAAGAAGCCACAAGUCUCGUGCUUAUACACAUAGCUUGGAAGCAGGUCACCACGUUUAUAUCAAUCUUCUCACGGAGAAGGUUUAUUGUCUUCCUGAUAGUUACGAGAUCAAUGACCCUUCUUUGGAUGACAUUCGACGUGUUUUAAACCCAAGGUUCAGUAGGGCACAAGUAGAAGAGCUUGAUAGGAAUAAGCAGUGGUCUAGGGCUCUUGAUGGCUCUGACUAUCUUCCCGGGAUGGUGGGAUUGAACAUCAUACAAAACACAGAGUUUGUGAACGUUACAAUCCAGUCGUUGAUGAGAGUUACUCCUCUAAGGAACUUUUUCCUUAUUCCCGAGAACUAUCAGCAUUGCAAGUCUCCUCUUGUUCACCGCUUUGGGGAACUCACUCGAAAGAUUUGGCAUGCUCGAAACUUCAAAGGACAGGUGAGUCCACAUGAGUUCUUGCAGGCUGUCAUGAAGCGAUUUAAGAUAGGCCAGCAAUCAGAUCCAGUAGAGUUUAUGUCGUGGCUCCUUAACACUUUGCACAUGGAUCUUCGCACUUCAAAGGACGCCAGCAGUAUCAUCCACCAGUGCUUCCAGGGUGAGUUAGAAGUUGUGAGAGAGUAUCAAGGCAAUGAAAACAAAGAAAUCUCCAGGAUGCCUUUUCUGAUGCUGGGGCUAGAUUUGCCACCGCCUCCUCUUUUCAAAGAUGUCAUGGAGAAGAACAUUAUUCCCCAGGUUGCUCUAUUCCAUCUGUUGAAGAAGUUUGAUGGAGAAACUGUGACAGAGGUGGGGCUAGCCAGAAUGAGAUAUCGAGUCACCAAAUCUCCUCCUUACUUGAUGUUCCAUAUGGUUCGGUUCAAGAAGAACAACUUCUUCAAGGAGAAGAACCCUACCUUGGUUAACUUCCCCGUGAAGGACAUGGAGCUGAGGGAUUACAUACCAUCAUUGCCUACUGCCGCAGAAGGGGACAAGACGUGUACAAAGUAUAACUUAAUCGCCAACAUUGUACAUGAUGGUAAACCAGAGGAUGGGUGUUUCAGAGUGUUUGUGCAGCGGAAGUCGCAAGAACUAUGGUACGAGAUGCAGGAUCUGCAUGUUGCAGAGACGCUUCCGCAGAUGGUAGAACUAUCAGAAGCAUACAUGCAGAUAUAUGAGCUGCAGGAGGAAUAGAGCAGCAGGAAACAAAGCUUACUCAUCAUCGGUUUAAGAGUUGGUUUCCAGGUUUUAUUUCUUGUAUCGAUGAUAUGGAGAUUAAAGAUAUGUUUCCACCACAACUCUUUUUGGAGAUAGAUAAUCUUGAAGCUAACUGAUAAAAAAAAAAUACUAUAGAUAUAUCCCUAAACAAUUUCUAAUUGCCGCAUUAACUCUAAAAGUACAUUAAAUUAGAUAGGGUAUCUUCUUAUUCUUUAGGAAAUUCUCAGGUAUAUUCUUAUUUUAAAAACAUAAAUCUCAUUUUGUACAGAUCUAUAAAAUCUUUGAUGGAAUAACCCCUUCUCCAAAUUGAUUCUAUUAUGCAUGAAAUCCCGGUUACAAUUAAAUCUUUUGAUUUGUUAUCCUUUAUAUAUUAAAGUACAAGUCACAUGACUAAUAAUUUUUUGACACAUGGAUUUAAAGAAAAAAAAGCAAAUGCAUAAUUUUUAAUAUAAAAUAAAAUUGCUAAUAUUUUUCCCACUACAUCAUGAUCUCCUGUUUUUUAAACUGUUAAUCUUUCUUUAUAUGAGAUUUUUACCUACAUUAAUUGUAGUUUCUUAAUUUCUUUUGCUCCAUCAACUCUUUCAAUGAAAUUGUAAUGAAAUUUCGAUUUCUAAUAAUACAGACUAGAGCUUGACCCGUGCGACCGCACGGGUGUUUAUGUAAAGAUUUAUGUAUAUCAUAUUUUUUUUACUGUAUCGUGUUAUA